UUGGGGCUGUAGGGAGUUGUAGUCCAGGCAAUUUUCACAGUAGCUGCGGGUGUGUCUCACAAGCAGUGGUUCGGGCAGGAACGUGAUCCGGAGCGGGAGUUGCUGUUCCAAUACGAACGUUCCAGGGCCGGGUUUCUUCUCCAGCCCGAGGUUGGUAGGAGAGUCCGGAAGAAGUCAAAGGCUUACGGUGGCCAUCAAGUCGCACAGACAGGAUGUUCAGACUCCGCUUCAUACCAGCUGUGGCCGGGCUUGCAGCCGUCUCCCGCCGGUACCACGGAGUGGCUAAUCAUGCAAGGAGUAGAAGGAGGCUUAUGAUGGCAGCUUUUGUGGGAGCUACAGCAGUGUCUGCCAGUGCCGGAUUGCUAUGGAAAAGAGCUAAUGCUGAAGCUCAGUCUUCUGUAAAGCACAGCAUGAGAGAAGAAACCAGUGAAAAGGAAAAAGAAGAUGCAGAUCAGGCUGUGGAGUCCAGUGAUGAAGACCAGCCACAAGAAGGAAAGAAGAAAAAAGCACGUGUUGGCUUUAGGGACCGUAAGGUAAUGGAAUAUGAGAAUAGAAUCCGAGCUUAUUCCACUCCAGAUAAAAUCUUCAGAUACUUUGCAACUCUAAAAGUGAUUCAUGAAUCAGGGGAGUCUGAAGUAUUCAUGACACCUCAAGAUUUUGUAAGGUCGAUAACACCAAAUGAGAAACAACCAGAAAAUUUGGGCUUGGAUCAAUUUAUCAUAAAGCGAUACGAUGGAAAGGAUUUCUGGCAGACAGAGAAAAUUUCACAAGAAAGGGAGAAGUUUGCAGACGAAGACAGCAUAUUCUACUCUCUGGGAGAAUGUGGACUAAUCUCUUUUUCAGAUUACAUAUUUCUCACCACAGUUCUUUCAACUCCUCAGCGAAACUUUGAAAUUGCAUUUAAAAUGUUUGACCUCAAUGGAGAUGGAGAAGUGGACAUGGAAGAGUUUGAACAGGUACAAAGCAUCAUCAGGUCUCAGACCAGCAUGGGUAUGCGUCACAGAGACCGAUCAACCACAGGAAACACCUUAAAAACUGGAUUCAGCUCUGCUCUCACCACCUAUUUUUUUGGGGCUGAUUUAAAGGGGAAGUUAACAAUUAAAAACUUUCUUGAGUUUCAGCGUAAGCUCCAGCAUGAUGUAUUGAAGCUUGAGUUUGAGCGGCACGAUCCUGUGGAUGGACAUAUCACUGAGCGCCAGUUUGGCAGCAUGCUUCUGGCAUACAGUGGGGUGCAAUCCAAGAAGCUCACUCAUAUGCUAAAGCAGCUAAAGAAGCGCUUCAAAGAUGCAGAGGGGCUGACAUUUGAAGAGGUGGAAAAUUUCUUUACCUUUUUGAAGAAUAUAAAUGAUGUGGACACAGCCCUGAGCUUUUACCACAUGGCCGGCGCCUCACUUGAUAAAGUUACCAUGCAGCAAGUUGCCAGGACGGUGGCAAAGGUGGAGCUGUCAGAUCAUGUAUGUGAUGUGGUCUUUGCCUUGUUCGACUGUGAUGGGAAUGGAGAGCUCAGUAAUAAGGAAUUUAUAGCCAUCAUGAAGCAGCGCCUGAUGCGAGGGCUGGAGAAGCCAAAAGACAUGGGAUUCACGCGCCUGAUGAGAGCCAUGUGGAAAUGUGCCCAGGAGACGGCCUGGGACUUUGCUAUGCCAAAACAGUAACUCUCAACUGGGUAGGAAAAGGAAUCCAGGGCCUUAUUAAAGCCAGACAAUAUGGGUUGUAUGCAGAGCGCUGUAUCAAUGCUCUAUCACUAAAAGUCCCAAGGUUUCUCCCCUAGAAGCAAUAUAAAUGGACUAAACCCCAGAUGAAUGCAGUAAAUGGUUUGUUUGCUCUGCCCAUGUUCAUGCAUUUUCAUGCCUGUUUUCCAGAAGAAUGAUUCUGGAUUAUGCACCUCUUUAACCUUUUUAUGCACCUCCUGUCAGUGGUUCUUUAGGAACAAAUCGGUCAGUGGGUUUUUUUGCCAGUUGAGAAACAGCUGGACCUGACAGUCCCUUGUAUGAUGAUCAUAAUGGGCACCAGCCAGUCACAUUUCCAUUACAGUCAAUGACAGGAGGCAUGGCCAGGCUGGUAGAGAAAACAUCACAUGCCAGUAGCCUAACCCCCAUGUGUAAUAAAAGGCACAACAUUUGCCCAGGUGCAGUAAUUCACAGUAACCAGUAAGAUGUUUUCUUCUAAAUGGUGGGCCAGUAAAUGCUACCAGCUUAGUUGUUGCUAUAGGUUGCUGCCCUGUAAUUUGUAAUAAAAGGCACUGUGUUUGCCCCAGUGCAGCAGCCCAUAGCAGCCAAUAAUAUGUUAAAUAUAACACACUUUGCACUUUUUAUUACAUAACAACACCCCCACUUUGCACUCUUUUAUUACAUAAUCUCAUUAGAGUUUAUGUAUUAAGAAGGUUCUUUCUUGACUGUUCUGAGCAGUUGUAGGUGGUUACAUAAAGCUACAACUUCUCUUGCUUCAAUCCCCAACAUAAAUUGGCCAUACACUAUAACAGUGAUCCCCAACCAGUGGCUCAGGGGCAACAUGUUGCUCCCCAACCCCUUGGAUGUUGCUCUCAGUGCCCCCAAACCAGGUAGUUAUUUUUGAAUUCCUGACUUGGGGGCAAGUUUUGGUUGAAUAAAAACAAGAUUUACUACCAUAUGAAGCCUCCUGUAAUCUGAUAGUGUGCAUAGAGGCCCCUAAUAGCCAAUCUUAGCCCUUAUUUGGCACCUCCAUGAACUUUUAUGGUGCUUGUGUUGCUCUCCAAGUCUUUUUAAUUUAACUGUGGCUCACGAGUAAGAAAGGUUGGGGAUCCCUGCCAAACGAGCAGAUCUUUUCCCCCAAUAUGCCCACCUAGGGGCAACAUCAUUCUAAUCUGAUUGCUUGGCCCUAGGGCCAAACAGUUGCAUUACACUGAAGGACAUAGGAGCCGUCAGAGCGAGAACCACAUCAAUGAGCCCACACGGUUCUUAAUCCCAUGCUUAAAUCUGCCCAUGUAUGGCCACUUCUACACAUCAAAUCGGCCAAUGACCUGCAUGUGGGUGCAGUUACAGUUAAUCACUGAUGGCUGGAUUGUUCUACAGACUGUAAAUCAUCCCAUGUACAGAUUAGGAAUCACUGACAGUUUAUUUUAGCUCUUGGUUUAAAAAUGUUGUUUAUUAGCAUUUAAUAAAGUGAAGCAUGUGCCUUCUCCUCUCCCAUCAGCCCCAACACAUUUUUUCUAGGCACCUGAGACUGCAACUGUAAUAUAAUAUCAGCGUUAAAACCAUGAUGGGAUCUUAAGGUCACAGUUUAGCCAUGAACCUAUGUCUAGUGUGGUUCAGAGCCAACAGGAGCAACUCAAAAAGGGACCCAGAAGUCAAGCUGGAAACUGUACAGUUUGAUUCAAAAAUGCACUGGGAAGUUGAAACUAUGCGUCAAUAAAAUUGAUAUUUAAAAUAAUAUAUAAAUCUUGAAUGAGUGUACGGGGGAUAGAAAUCAAUUUACAGAUAGAUGUUUUUUCUACACAUCUAUUGGGUUUAGUGGUUUAUCGGGAUAUUACAGAACUCAGUGUAGGGUGGAAGGAGACAUAUCAUAUAGUUUGUUUUUUUAGCCCAACAUGCGGCUUUUGAAUGCUGUGUUAACAGCUUUGGGUGAUGCUGUACAUUUGUGUUUUGCUCAUGUAAAUAAGCAAUAAAGUUAUUUUUUGGAAAACUCAA